AGCGGAUUGAAUUUUACCAUCCUUACUGUGAGAAAGUUUGCCCUAACCCUAAACAGCACCAAACAGCUAUGGCUCACCGCCUUUUUGAAGGAAAGGAGCAUGCUGGCUCUUACUGGAAAUACAGAAUCUCUCCAUCAGACCAUCUAAUGCAACAAGUGCUGGAUUUCCUGGAAAUGCAUAAGGGGCCGAGCUUUGAGCAGGCGGUGGAUGUGGGUUGUGGCUCCGGGCAGGGAACGCUGCUGCUGGCCAAACGCUUUGCUUCAGUGAUGGGGACCGAUGUGAGUCCUGCGCAGCUAGAAAUGGCUUUGCAGCAUGCUAUAGAGCCAAACAUCACAUAUCGACAGUGUGGGGCCGAAGACCUGCCUCUUGCUGACAGCUCAGUGGACCUAGUGACAGCCAUGUCUGCCUUCCACUGGUUUGACAGGCCCCGCUUUCUGCUGGAGGCCCACAGGGUCCUGAAGCCCCGCGGCUGCCUGGCUCUGCUCAACUACUCUCUUGACAUGGAGCUCAGCUACCCUGACUGCUGCUCGCAGAAACUAAACCAAGUCUGCAAAGAGUUUUAUGCAGCCUUGCACCCAUACCGCAGUCCCAACCUUGGUCAAGCCUCUAUUCAGCUGUACCGGGAAGCAUAUGAAUCUAUUCCAUACCCCGUCAAGGAAUGGCAGGAGUGUGUGUGGGACAGAAGGCACAUGACUCUGUCCAGCUACAUGGGGCUCGUGGAGUCGUUCUCCAGUUAUCAGGCUCUACUGAGGGAUGACCAACAGAAGGCCACCAGGCUCUCCCAGGACAUCGCUCAAAGGCUGAUGUCUGUGAUGAAAGUGACCUCUGCAGAGACGGAGGUGGAGGUGGCUGUCAAGUACUUCUACCUUUUGGCCUGCAAACCUCAGGAAGCCUGACUACUGACAGCCCAACGACUUUCAACAAAGUCAAGGAAGGACACAGAGGCCUCUGCCAUUUUCCAGGAUUUGAUCAACUUUUUUGUGCAAAAAUGUUAGGUUAGGAAAAGCUACUAAUCACAUUUAGUUUUUUACGUUCCUGAUAGAGAGGGUAAUUUGUGCAUAAGUUAUGUCUUUACUUCAUAUAACUAGAGCUGCCAGCCAUCAUAAAUACCGUGGAUCUCUCUGUAGUCUACACUUUUCCUACUGAUCAAACGCUAACAUUUCUAGGUUUGAUAUGACUGACAAAAUACUUUCUCCCAAAUAUUGACUUCUAUUAAAAGUUUUAGUUGCUUUUCUGAGCAAAAGAAAUUAUAUUUAAUUGUCAGCAUGGUAAUUUUGUGUCCCUUUCCGAGGAUCUCAUACUCUGCAGAUGCACAUGUUUCAAAUCAAAUGCAUGCCUUUGGGUAUUUUUCUUACACAUGAGGCCAACGUUAAGUACAUUACCACGCCUUGUCUAGCUAGAAGGGUCCUGAUUCAAAUCCCUGCUGGGGCCUCUCUACGUGAAGUUUGCAUGUUCUCUCCAGGGCGUGGAUUUUCUCUGGGUGCUCCGGUUUCUUCCAAGAGUCCAAACAUGUGGAGGCCGUUUGUAGUUUAAGUGACUGUAGGAGUGAGUGUGAGUGUGUGUGGUUGUCUUAAGUGUGUCCAGAGAGUCCAGGGUGUACUUUUGUGGAUGGAUGGAUGGAUGGAUGGAUGGAUGGAUGGAUGGAUGGAUGGAUGGAUGGAUGCUUUACAAGCUGCCACUAGGGGGAGGCAUUUGAUAAAAGGUCCUAUUUACAGUUGGCACAUACUGCAUAUGGAUAAGCUUUCUUCAACUCCCUGUACAUCAAAAUCAAGUGUACACCUUUGAGUGACUAGAUAAUCAUAUUAUCAUGUUUAUUAUGUUGUUUUUUUUUGCUCUAUUUACAUGUUCAUACUUCAUAACUGAUCCAUGCCAGAUGAGCU